CGGGGCGAACACAUUUAUUCCCUGACAAGCCCCCAUCACAUGGAUGGUUGUCUAUUAACUUGUUCAAAAAAGUAUCAGGAGUUGUCAAGGCAGAGAGAGAGAGUGUGUGUGUUUGCAAAAGGGGGUAAAGUAGUUUGCUGGCUCUUUAAGACUGAGGUGGAGAGAGAGAGAGAGAGAGAGAGCGAGCGGCAGGCAGAGAAAAGGGAAAAAGGAGGAAGAAGAAGUUUUUUAAAAUCAAGGCUCCGGCGGUAAUAAUAGCAGUUAUUGGCAUUAUUAAUCCAUCAGCGAAGAGGAAGAUCCUGAUCUUGAUCCAAGUGUGGUUUUGGGGAGUCCCCCUCCCCCCUUUCCUACCCCUCCCUAGGAAAAAAAAAAAAAAAAAAAAAGUCCGGCUUGGGACUUCGCUGCGGCUGCUCCUCGCUUCUCUGCUCAAGGCUGGUUCCAGGCAAAAGUAGUUUGAAUGUACAACAUGAUGGAAACCGAGCUGAAACCUCCCGCCCCCCAGCAAACUUCGGGGGGAGGCACAGGCAACUCCAACUCGGCUGCCAGCAACCAGAAGAACAGCCCGGACCGGGUCAAGCGCCCGAUGAACGCGUUCAUGGUGUGGUCCCGCGGCCAGCGGCGGAAAAUGGCCCAGGAGAACCCGAAGAUGCACAACUCCGAGAUCAGCAAGCGGCUCGGGGCGGAGUGGAAACUUUUAUCCGAGGCGGAAAAAAGACCCUUCAUUGACGAAGCCAAGCGGCUCAGAGCUCUGCAUAUGAAGGAGCACCCGGAUUAUAAAUACCGACCCCGGAGGAAAACCAAGACCCUCAUGAAGAAGGAUAAGUACACGUUGCCAGGGGGCUUACUGGCACCGGGCACAAAUACCAUGACGACUGGGGUAGGGGUUGGGGCCACCUUGGGAGCUGGGGUGAACCAGAGGAUGGACAGUUACGCGCACAUGAACGGCUGGACCAACGGAGGCUAUGGGAUGAUGCAAGAGCAGCUCGGCUACCCGCAGCACCCGGGCUUGAACGCGCACAACGCGGCGCAGAUGCAGCCCAUGCACCGCUACGACGUGAGCGCCCUGCAGUACAACUCCAUGACCAGCUCGCAGACUUACAUGAACGGAUCGCCUACCUACAGCAUGUCUUACUCCCAGCAAGGGACCCCGGGCAUGGCCCUGGGCUCCAUGGGCUCGGUAGUCAAGACGGAAUCCAGCUCCAGUCCCCCCGUAGUCACUUCCUCGUCUCAUUCAAGGGCUCCUUGCCAAGCUGGGGACCUUCGGGACAUGAUCAGCAUGUAUCUACCAGGUGCUGAAGUACCAGAACCAGCUGCCCCAAGCAGACUUCAUAUGUCCCAACACUACCAGAGUGCACCUGUUCCUGGCACAGCCAUUAAUGGCACACUCCCUCUAUCACAUAUGUAAGACAAAGGGGCCGGGGGGGGUGGGGGGGUGGGGGAAGGAAAACUAAACAAAACAAACAACAAAAAAACUUUUAUUAGAAAUUCUGGACUUUUUUUUUUUUGGACUAUUUUUGUACAGAGAAAACUCGGGGCGGGUGGGGGGGGGGGGAGGGAUGGGAGGUGGGGGGAGAAAUUAAACCGACACGGAACUUGUAUAGAUCUCGGAGGGGAAGCAACUACACAAAACUUUUAAAAAGUUCUAGUGAAAACGGUAGGAACUUUGCAGAAUGUUUGCAAAAGUCUUUACCAAUAAUAUUUAGAGCUAGACUCAAAGAGCGAAGAGGAAAAUGUUUUAAUAUUUGCAGGCAACUUUUGUACAGUAUUUAUCAAAAGAAACAUGGCAAUCAGAAUGUCCAUUGAUAAUAUAGAAGAAAAAAAUCUCGCGAAUUUGCCAAUUAUUUUUUAAAAAUAGAGUCUACUUGGAGCAUUGUGGCUUUGGCAGCUGAAUUUAUAGCAGCUGCGAGAGGAGAGGAAAUUAUUUUACAGCAUUUGGACAUUUAAAUUGUUUUAGAAAUUGUACAAAAGACAAAAAAAGGUGGGAUGAGUACUUGCGAACCAUGGGCUUGGUUUGCUGUAAAAGGGCAAACGUUUAGAUCGUACUAAAUUUUUUUUUUUUUUUUUUACUUCUUGUUAAAAAGCAAAAAUUGCCAUGCAGGUUCACACGCCGUUUGUUAAUUUAUAAUAACUUUUUGUUUCCAGACUUCAUCCUGUUCAAAGAAAAGAAAAAAAAAAAAAGAAAAAAACCCCUGAAAUUACUGUGUUUGAAAUAUUUUCUUAUGGUUUGUAAUAUUUCUGUAAAUUUAUUGUGAUGAUAUUUUAAGUUCUUUUUUUUCCUCAUUUUCCGUAGUUGUAUUUUAAAGAUUCGGCUCUGUAUUAUUUGAAAUCAGUCUGCCGACAGUCCAUGUAUAUAUUUGAACUAAUACCAUCCUUAUAACAGGUACAUAUUCAAGUUAAGUUUUUACUCCAUUAUGCACAGUUUGAGAUAAAUAAA